AUGGAGUCUGGAGCAUGGUUGGCCUUCCAGAUCAUCUACGUUUUGCAGUAAGCAAAAUCGAGAAGCUUGUUGGAGAAGCUAUCUUUGAUAAAAAACACAAGGACGUGAUUGGAUGUGAGCGAGGUACUGAGUACUUGAUACCGUAUUUUGAUGAUCCAGCAAGGGAAGCUACAAAAGGGGAUGAAGAAAUGGAGUGGAAAGGAGCAGCUGGUGGGAAACUGGUUAAUGAGAACAUGGGAGAACAGGACAAGCAGGAUGGAUAGCAGAUAGAGGUUAUGAGGGUGGUGGAUCGUCAGUGGAUGGACCAACCAGUAUGGAUCUAUAUGAAGAAGAGGAACAAAAUCUAGGAGGGAGGAAGGCAGCACAUGUAUAUGAAGGACAAGAAAAGAGGGAGGCAGCUUCAAGAGAAGGACCAAAUGGCAAUCACAAAACACUAACUGGAGGAAAAGAUGAAAGUGGACCCUCAGAGGAUGAGACCUGCCCCAUCUGUAUGGAUGAGUUUACCGAUAAAGAGAAGCUGUUGUGUGGCCAUGCUUUCUGUAAGGACUGCCUAAGACAGUCAGUGGAAAGCAUGGGUGCCACCUGUCCUGUGUGCAAGAAGGUGUUUGGAAAGGUUGUGGGAGACCAGCCAGAUGGAACGAUGACACACUAUGCACAGAGUACACGCCUUCCAGGGUAUAAACAUUGUGGCAGCAUAGUCAUUAACUAUCAAAUUCCCAGUGGCAUUCAGUCGAGCAAACAUCCUAAGCCAGGUCGAACAUUCCAAGGUACACACAGAACAGCUUACUUGCCAGACAACAAGGAAGGGAGGGAGGUACUGGCACUCCUGAAGAAGGCCUUUGACCAGAGGUUGAUAUUUACAGUGGGCACUUCACGCACCAGUGGCAUGGAUGACUGUGUGACCUGGAAUGAUGUCCAUCAUAAAACCAACAUCCAAGGAGGAGCACAAAAUUUUGGCUACCCGGAUGAUGACUACCUGAAGAGAGUUCGAAAGGAACUCAAAGCCAAAGGCAUUGAGUGAAGAAGCCGCCAUAAUAACAGCUUAGAUGCCGACAGCAAGGGUGGAUUUCUGUGAUGCUAUCCAAGUAUUUAGUCCUUUAACCUUUCUGUUGUUAAGAUUACUUACAUUUGAUUAAUAUCGGGCUGUUUGCGUUGUGUGUGAUCAUAGCAAUGUAGGGAACUAGCAGGGAAAUGUUUAUUCUAUUGAAAAUUUCUAUGUUUUUUUUGCUGUUUUUUUUUUUCUAGUAUCUCGUGAU